CAUACAAACCGCCUCCCGCGCCAUCUUCUAGCGAUUAAGCAGCCAGAAUAAGAAACAGUGUGAAAGCGCGUUGUUUCCUGUCUGCUAGCCACACUGAGCUAUGAGUGAUAUCGAGGAUGGAACCUGUGACACACGGGUUAUUGAUCGUGAAGGAUUUGGAAGAGUUUUAUCCAAGAAUGAUGAAGAAAAAAUUCAAGAUAAACGAAGGCUAAUGGUGAAAACUUGUACAGAGCAGAACAUAGAAGCGGAAAGGGAGGAAAUGUGACGGAAGAUUGGUGUCAGAUAGAAGCGCUUGCAGAGUAAUGGCUAAAAAAUGAAACUGGUGUAAGUUUGGGGAGGAAGAGUGGAAAAACAGACCCGGAAUCAGAAAAAGAGAAAACUGAAAAAAGAAGAACGAAGAAGGAUAGAAACCCUGAGAAGGGAGUAGCGUGUAAAGAAUCUGGAAGAAUGAAUGUGUCUCUCGGUGUCACGCUCCCCAUCAAAAUCGGACCGUGGGAGUCCAGCUCGGGUCAAGUCGGAGAGAAGGUCCGGCUCACCGAACCCAUCCCGAGCCUCCAAGCGCUCUGAGUCCAGAUCCGGCUCUCGCUCAAAAUCCAGGUCUCGUUCUGGGCGGCACUCUAACCGCCGUCAGAGCCGUUCACGCUCUCGGUCCUAUUCCAACCGGAGGAAGUCCCAUUCUCGUUCCUACAGCCCUGAACAAAGGCGUAGGAGGAGCCAGAGCGCUUCGCCUGGGUCGAGCAGCCGCCACCAGAAUGGCAGCAGGGGCCAAGAAUUCCCAAAAGAAGCAAGCAAUCCUGGCGCUGAUGGUGAUGUGAGGGCGAACCCUGACCCCAGCAAGUGUUUGGGGGUGUUUGGCUUGAGCCUGUACACCACAGAGCGCGACCUGAAGGAGGUGUUUUCACGCCAUGGUCCUUUGGCCGGGGUCAACGUGGUGUACGACCAGCGCACGGGUCGCUCUCGUGGCUUUGCCUUCAUUUACUACGACAGAAUUGAGGAUUCUAAAGAGGCAAUGGAGCGAGCCAAUGGCAUGGAGCUGGACGGGAGGCGCAUCCGAGUGGAUUAUUCCAUUACCAAACGUCCCCAUACCCCCACACCAGGAAUCUACAUGGGCCGACCAACUCACAAUGGUGGUGGUGGCGGGAGCAGUGGCGGUGAUGGCAGAGAUGGCGGAGGUAGAGACGGCGGUGGUAGAGACGGCGGAGGUAGAGAUGGCAGAGGAAGAGACGGCGGAGGAAGAGACGGCGGAGGCAGAGAUGGCAGAGACGGCGGAGGCAGAGACGGCGGUGGUGGCAGGAGGGGGAGGGACAGGGACUCUUACAAUGAUCGUGGAUACGAACGCUACGACAGAUACGAAGAGUGUGAUUAUAGGGACAGUCGCAGGCGCUCUCCUUCACCGUACUACAGUCGAUACAGGUCUCGCUCACGGUCUCGCUCCUACAGCCCACGACGAUACUAAGCUGAUUAUUUCAGUGUUCAGCUUCCCUCCAAUACCUGACGGUGUGUGACCCACCAAGGUGU